AUGCAUUUCACCGCCCCCUCCAUCGCCUUGUUGGCUCUCGCAGCCGGUGUCCAGGCCGGUGGCGCCAAAGAACAGCAUGAACCCCCCGUUCGCAGCGGAAAGAGCAUCGGCAAGCACUACUCUACCGAUGCUGCUACCGGUGCUGUUACUGGCAUCCCCGGUCAUGAGACUGGUAUCGUUGGUACCGGUGUCCACACGGGAAGCCACCCCAUUGUGACCGGCUCUCCCCACAACAACGGUACCCAGACGGGCAGCCACCCCAUUGUUACUGGCUCCCCACACCACAACGGUACCAACGGCGGUGGCAGUGACCACACUAUCAUUGGCACUGGUACCGCCCCCUGCUACAGCUGCCACGGCAGUGCGACUAUUCCAGUUUACGUCCCUACCAAGACCAACGGUGCUUCUGCCACUGGCGGUGCUGGAGGUUCUCACGGUGGCUCUGGAUCUGGAUCUGACUCUGGCGCUUCCCCCUCCGGUGGCGCUGGCUCUGGCUCUGGAUUGGGAUCCGACGACUCGGCCGAAUACACUCCCUCCAACCCCGGUUCAAAGGUCACCGCACCCCAGGUUGGGGUCUUUGCUGUUAUUGGCAGCAUUAUCUACGGUGCCGUUAUGCUCCUUGCAUAA